AUGAAGUCCGCGCGCGACGCCAAGGCCUGCGAGGCCGCGUGCGAGGCGUUGCCCGGCGUGGUCUCCUGCCGCGUCGCGUACCUCGCGGAGCGCUGCGUCGUGCGCUUCGACGCGCGCGCGGACGCCGAGGCCAUCGCGGGCGCGGUGCGGCGGGCGGGAUUCGGCUGCGACGUCUGCGAGACGGACGCGGCGCGGGGCGACGGGAGUGUGGUGCUGCGGGUGGAGGGCAUGUCGUGCGCGGCGUGCUCCUCGAAAGUCGAGAAGGCGCUCGGCGAGCUCGCGGGCGUCGCCGACGCCGUCGUCUCCGUCGCGACCCACAAGGCGCGCGUGAAAUUCGCCGGGCGGCCCCUGCGGCCGGGCGAGCUCAUCGAGGUCGUCCAGGCGCUCGGGUUCCGCGCGUCCGUCGCGGCGGGCGACGAGUCCGUGCUCGCGGAGUCGGCGGCGGCGGAGGUCGCGGGCUGGCGGCGCACGCUGAGCGCCGCCGCCGCGCUGACGCUGCCCAUCGUGCUGUCGAAGUGGUUCGCGGCGAUGGCGGCGACGCGCGACUUCUGGGCGCAUCCCAUGACGCGCGUCGCCGCCGUCGCCGCGGGCUGCGGCGGCGCGAUCCAGGUCUUUGUGGCCGCGCGGUUUUAUGUUUCCGCGUGGCGCGGCGUGCGCGUGGGCAACCUGGGCAUGGACCUGCUGGUGGUGCUGGCGACGUCGCUCGUCUUCGCGUACUCGUGCGCGUCCCUGGUGGACUGCUGCCUCUUCGACGCGUCCCACGAGCAUUUACUAUUUGACACGGCGGCCAUGCUCAUCACCUUCGUGAGCCUGGGCAAGUUCCUCGAGGCGCGCGCGAAGAUGAAGACGUCCGACGCGGUGGGGGCGUUGUUGGCCCUGCGGCCGACGGACGCGAAGCUCCUCGGCGGCGGCGAGGCCAUGGCCCGGGCCGCCCAGGCGCUGCUGAAGGCGCCGCCGGGCGACCCGGGCGGCGACGUCGCGCGCGUGCUCCCCGGCGAGGCCGUGCCCGCGGACGGUCUGGUCGUGCUCGGCGCGGCCCACGUCGACGAGAGCGCCAUCACGGGCGAGUUCGCGGCCGUCAAGAAGAAGCGCGGCGCCGCCGUCUUCGCGUCCGCGGUGAACCGCGGCCGGGCCUUCGCCGUCGUCGUCGAGCGCACGGGCGGCGACAGCGCCGUCGCCCAGAUCGCCAAGCUCGUCGAGGACGCCCAGCUCAACAAGGCGCCCGUGCAGCACUUUGCCGACGCCGUCGCGUCCAAGUUCACGCCGUUCAUCGUCCUCUGCGGGUCCUGCACGUUCCUCGGCUGGUACGCCUACGCGCGGAGCGGCGCCAUGCCCGACGCCUGGCUCGACGAGCGGGACCCGUUCCUCUUCGCGCUGCUCUUUGCGGUGUCCGUCGUCGUCGUCGCGUGCCCCUGCGCGUUGGGCCUCGCGACGCCGACGGCGGUCAUGGUCGGCACGGGCGUCGGCGCGCGGCACGGCGUGCUCGUCAAGGGCGGCGCCGUGCUCGAGGCGGCCCAGGCCGUGUCCUGCGUCGUCCUCGACAAGACGGGCACGCUGACGACGGGCCAGCCGGAGCUCGCGGGCGAGUUCGCGCUGGGCUCCGUCGCGAAGAACCGCGUCUUGGCGCUCGCGGCGGCCGCGGAGCAGCACUCGGCGCACCCCAUCGCCAAGGCGCUGAUCGACGCCGCGGCGGUGCGCAAGCUGGGCACGGAGCCCGUGUCGAACGCCGAGGACCGCGAGGGCAAGGGCGUCGUCUGCGCGCUGGCCGACGGCCGGGCGCUCGCCGUGGGCUCGCUGGGCCUCAUGCGGGACGCGGGCGUCGACGAGCGGGGGUUGGACGACCCGGACCUGCGGAACGCCGUCGCCGGCUGGCGGCGCGCGGCGAAGACGGCCGUCUUCGUCGCGCUCGACGGCUCGGUGGUCGGCGCGGUGGCCGUCGCGGACGCGCCGCGGCCCGAGGCGCGCGCGGUGCUGCGGGCGCUGCGGCGGCGCGGCGUCGACGUCUGGAUGCUCACGGGGGACCACGAGGCGACGGCCUUCGCCGUCGCCGAGGACCUGGGGCUGCGGCCCGCGCGCGUCCGCGCGGGCGCGCUGCCGGCGGAGAAGAAGCGGUGCGUCGCGGAUCUGCAGCGCGUGCACCGGGGCGUCGCCAUGGUCGGCGACGGCAUCAACGACUCGCCGGCGCUGGCCCAGGCCGACGUGGGCAUCGCCAUCGGCAACGGCACGCGCGUGGCCAUCGAGGCCGCGGACGUCGUUUUGGUGAAAAACGACCUCCGCGACGUCGUCGUGUCGCUGCACCUGGCGAAGACGGUCUACACGCGCAUCAAGCUCAACUUCCUGUGGGCCUCGUGCUACAACAUGGUCCUCAUCCCCGUCGCCGCGGGCGCCUUCUACCCGGCGACGCGCGCGCGGCUCCCGCCGGCCGCCGCGGCCGCGUGCAUGGUCUUCUCGAGCCUGAGCGUCGUCCUCUCGUCCCUCGCGCUCAAGCUCUACAAGCCGCCGGACGUCGACGCCCAGGACGACCACCUGACGAGCAAGGACAAGCCCCGCAAGCCCGGCGUGUUCGACGAGCUCCGCGCGAGGCUCCACCGCCUCGCCGUGGCCACGGGCCUCGCGAAGCACUUCGCCGAGUUCUGCGGCGAGGAGGUCGAGCCCCUCUGCGCCAAGGACGACCUCGACCUCGACGACGGCUCGGGCCUCGUCUAG